UGGUGGGGGGGGUUGAUGCAGCACCCUGCGUUCCCUUCCCUGUCUUCUGCGCUCCCUCUCUCCAGAAACCCUAGUUUCCUCCGUCGCUCCCCUUCUCUCUCUCUCUCUCUCUCUCUCCUCUGAUACUUCGCCUCUGCCUCGCCAUCUCCGAGGUCCAGCUCAGACCCCCGAAGCAUCGUCUCCUCCCGAUGCGCAGGAGCAUCGCAUCCCCUUCGCACGCCGUCUCGACGCAGCCACCGACGUCGUCGUAGCUGCUCACACCGUUGUGAUCGUCGGCGGCGGCCGCCCGGCGGUGGGGGAUCGACAUGUACAGGGACCGAGGCGGCGGCGGCGGCGGGGGCUCGUCGAAGUCGGAGGUGGUCGAUCGGAGGAGGAUCAUCAACGACGCCCUGGACAAGCAGCUCGAGAAGUCCUCCCCUUCCACCUCGAGAUCCAAGGACAAGGAGAGGAUCCCCGUCCCUUCCACUUCCGCCGGCAAGUCCUCCCACCUCGAUCACCGCGACCCUCGCCCGGCCACUUCCCUGUCCAAAAGCAAGUGCUCCGAUGAGGAACAUGAAACAGACAGUGAAGAGUCCGAUGUCAGUGGUUCUGAUGGAGAUGACACAUCAUGGAUUUCAUGGUUCUGCAACUUGAGAGGGAAUGAAUUUUUUUGUGAAGUUGACGACGAAUACAUCCAAGAUGACUUUAACCUUUGUGGGUUGAGUAGUCAAGUUCCAUACUAUGACUAUGCACUUGAUCUAAUCUUGGAUGUUGAAUCCUCUCAUAGUGAUAUGUUCACUGAAGAACAAAACGAAUUAGUUGAAUCAGCAGCAGAGAUGCUAUAUGGUCUAAUUCAUGUUAGGUACAUUUUGACUAGCAAGGGAAUGGCUGCAAUGUUAGAGAAGUACAGGAAUUGUGAUUUUAGCAGAUGUCCUAGAGUUUACUGUUGUGGUCAACCAUGCCUUCCGGUUGGUCAAUCAGACAUUCCUCGAUCAAGCACUGUGAAGAUCUACUGUCCCAAAUGUGAAGAUAUUUAUUAUCCACGGUCCAAGUACCAAGGCAACAUCGAUGGAGCAUAUUUUGGAACAACAUUUCCUCAUCUAUUUUUGAUGACGUAUGGGCACCUAAAGCCUCAAAAGGCAGUGCAGAAUUAUGUUCCAAGAGUUUUCGGCUUCAAGAUUCACAAGUCUUAACGUGUGAAGUGGAAGGCACCAUCCCGUGGAGUUUUAAUAAUUCGGGUACCGAUGCUUGUAAAAGUCUCUGAAUCUUUGCAGAUCCACGGGCAUGACCAUAGGCUUAGCACACUUGCCAAACCUUGAUGGGCACAGCAACUGGAAUAGAUUUCGUUUAUAUUGAUGGCUGAUUGAACUAUGGCUCGGGCUAAACAGUCUUACAGGUGUGUGUUCUUUCAUACUAGAGCAGUCGUAGGUUUCAUGAGUUGAUCAUGAUUCGCUUUGGUUGGUGCUCUUGAUGUCAUGCUUGAUCCGGUCACCACUCCAACAUACAUGUGUGCUGGCUAGGAUUUUAUCUGUCUGUGAAGUAACAAAUCUAUUCAUUUGUUUUGGUGAAGAAAUGAAGUUCUAACAUUGGGCACGGUGGUGAUGAUCUUGGAGCCCUGGGGGCUUCUUGCUGGUCUCAACAUUAGAGUUCAGCAGUUUGUUCCUUUUGCUGUUUUCCUUCUGUAACAUGCAAGUAAUCAGGGAUUGCGAC